CUAAAAUCUGCGCGCAAAACUUCAUAACAAAGUGUAACGAUGUCAGCAGGUAGUCUAAAGGUCGAACUUAUUACUAUUUAAGAAUUAAUAUGACUGGAUAACUGUAAUAUAAAGUUGUGAAUGUCAGCCCACGUUGACUGAUAGCGCUUCCCGGGCGCUGUCCGCGGUGCUGAUCAACAGGAAGACAGUCAAGUUCAAUAGGAUGACAGCACGCGAGGAGGACUUGUCUAUUCUAUUCUAUUCUAUUCUAUUCUAUUCUAUUCUAUUCUAUUCUAUUCUAUUCAAAUCUAUUUUAUUCUAUUCUAUUCUGCUGCAGAGUUACAGGCCAUAAGGCUAUCAAAAUGAGGGCCAUUUAUUUUUUUUCCUCUGGAAUUCCUGGGACCACUUUAGUACUUGGUGCCACCUAUUUUCACAGCAACAGUCCAUUUAAUUAAACAUGACUUGGUCUUCGUCCCGAGGGGAGUCACCAUGCACUGCUGAUUGCUUUGCAGACCGUCCCUCAGCCUCCCAGCCUCUCAGCUCGCUGACGGCUGUGUGGAAAACAGGAGGAGCAGGCCUGAUGAGUGUGGACAGCGGUUCGAAGGCUGAAGCUGUGUCCUGCCAAGCCGUUGGAGCUCACAGGGGAAAAAAGGGCUACAUCAAGUCAUUCAAUCUGCUGGGAUAAUUAGGAGCCCAUCUUUUGGGUUAGGACACCCAGAUUCCAAUCUUCAAUCAUGGACUGUAACUUUUUUCUUUUGGAGUAUUUGUUGUUGUGCUGCAUCUAGAAAGUAAGGCAGCAUGACUUAUUCAUGGUUUGAAACUGGUUUCAUUCAAGUAGCGCUGAUCUCAUCUAACAGAGGAUGACAUUGCUCUGUGACUUACUGGGUCCAUCCCUUCCAUUCUGAAUGGGAUCUGGUCACCCUAUUUCAUCAUCCAGCUUGGACCAUCAAAUACUGGAGAGCCCCCCUCAGCCUCCAUCCCACUUCCCCAAAAGGCAGUGUCCACCUCCUCCAUCCUCACAGCAGCACUCAGACUUCCCCUUGUCUGGAUGACUAAAGGAAGGGGAAUUGGAGGCUCAGCAUGGCUCACUCCUCUCACCCCUCUGGCUGGAGGGAGAUGACGAAUGGAGGGGGCCACCCCCACCUCCACAACGGAGGCCAGACAGGGGGGUCCCAGGCAGCCCCGCGCUACAUGCAGAUGAAGCAGCACCGCCACAGGGGCAGAUCCUCCUCACCCAUGGGCAGAGUCAUUCUUAUCAAUGCACCUGUUGAUGGUGGGGAUGACAGUGAAGAUAUUCACACGGUGACAGUCGAUAAGACUCCAGAUGGGCGUCUGGGCUUCAGCGUCCGUGGGGGGUCUGAACACGGCCUCGGCAUAUUUGUCAGCAAGGUGGAGGACGACAGCUCAGCAGAGCAGGCGGGCUUGUGUGUGGGUGAUAAGCUGGUGGAGGUGAACGGGAUCAGCCUGGAGAGCAUCACCAUGAGCAGCGCCGUGAAGGUCCUGACAGGCAACAACAGGCUGAGGAUGGUGGUGAGACGGGUGGGCAAGAUCCCUGGCAUCCGCUACUCCAAGGAGAAGACCACAUGGGUGGACCUGAUUCACAGGAGGAUGGUGGUGGAAGAGAGCGGUCGCACGCCGUCGGAGGCCAGUUCUGACAGCGCUCUCCGCAGGAUCGUCCAUCUCUACACCACGUCAGAUGAUUUCUGUCUGGGCUUCAACAUCAGAGGAGGCAAAGAGUUUGGCCUGGGAAUAUAUGUUUCUAAGCUGGACCCAGAUGGUCUAGCUGAGCAACAUGGCAUCAAAAUGGGUGACCAAAUCCUCGCAGCCAAUGGGGUGAGCUUUGACGAUAUCACCCAUAGCAACGCAGUUGAGGUCCUGAAGAGCCACACACAUGUCAUGUUGACCAUUAAGGAAGCUGGAAGAUACCCUGCGUACAAGGAGAUGGUGGCAGAGUACAGCUGGCUAGACACAUCAGUGGCCAAUGGAGGCCCUGCACCUUCCUCUCAGGGCUCAGACUCCUACUCCUCUGCCUCCUCGUUAUCCUCCAGCACCCCUCUCAGCUCCGUCAGUGGUCUCUCCCAGGUCCUCUUCCCUCCCGUCUUUGGCUCUGAGAUGGUAGACGUUGCCAUCUCUACAGAGGACAGCUCUCGACGUCCCAGCACCAUCGAGCGCACCACCGACACUGCCAUACAGACUGACCCCCACCCUCCAAACUACCUAGAGCCCCCCUCGCCUCAGGCAUCACAACAGCCUGGCAGGCCGGUUUCCACAGAAACCAGCUGGAAUGUGGGUGCCAGACUACUGCUGAAGGACACUGUGAUACGUGGGAAAGGGGAGGGGCCUAGGGAAAUGGGAGGAGCUGGAGAGGGAGGGCGGGGCAGGACGAGGUCAAGGACGCUAUCGUCGGGUGAGCAGGACGUGGCGAAAGACUCUCCGAAGACGCAGGUGUUGAUGGCUCUGAGCAAACCACGGAAACCUAUCAGACGCUCGCAGAGCCACACCAUCGUGACAGAGGACAAGCAGAAGAAGAAGAAACAACAGAAGGAGAGGAGCGCGGCAGAGGGCAAAACCACCCUGAGGCGCUCCAAAACCUUUGUCAACCUCUUGUUCAAGAGAGACCGCAAGGACAAGAGUCGCACAAAGUCGCCGUCCCACCAUGUGGACAGAGAGAAGGAGAGGAGUCGUCCCUUCCAGCUCUUGAGCUCCCCGAGGGAAACCCGUGCUGGGAUGAGGGACAGCAGCCUGCCGGCCCGGCCCGAGGUCCUGCAGCAGGUGGAGGACAUGGCCCGGAAGCUGCUCAGCCAGGAUGAGGUGGCCGCCGUGAUGAGACACUGUCAGCGGUUUUUGUUAGACAAUGUGGUUGAGGACCUUGUGCGCCCCCUUCUGGCAAUCUUAGACAGGCCAGAGAAGCUGCUGCUGUUCAGAGAAAUAAGAAUGCUGAUCCCUAUAUCUGAGCUGGAUCGGUUUGACAGCAUGGUCAUGCCCUUUGAACUGGAGGCCUAUGAUUUUCUCAAGAGUCGUUCUGUGCGCUCUCCAGCUCUACGCUCUCCUCGCGGUGGAACCCCCCGACGCCACCUCAUCACCCCUGUCCCAGACUACAGAGGUGGAUUCCACCUCCAGCCAGUACGCAGCCAGGAUGCAGCGAGGGAGCGUCAGCUGACUGAGGAGCGACUGGAGCGACUGCGUGUGUCUCGCCACCAGACAGGCCUCGUCCCACCCUCCCGUGCCUUCACCCCUCUCUUGGACGUGCCCAUAGACAGUUACACCCCUUCUGCCCUGCGCUCCCGUACCCCAAGCCCCACGCCUUCCUGCAGCUUUUACCUCGCAGAAUCCCCACACGGCACCCAGCGUGCUUGCCAACCCCAACACUCCCCACACAGAAGAGAGAAUUUGGCGCCACGGUAUGAUGAGGCCUCCUUGUUGUCUGUGUCGGACCGAGGAGAUCCCACCCCCGAGCGGGGCAGGUCGCCUGUGAGAAACGGACACGGCAGAGCGAGGAGGGAGGCGAGUCCCGACAGCAUAGAUGGCAGAAGGAGGAGGGAGGAGGGCUACACGGAGGUGAGUGUGCAUGUCCCUUCACAGCGGCGGGGGAGGACGCCUCUGGCUGAUGUAUUCGAGCCCCAGCAAGAGAGGAGCCCCUCUGCGGGCAGACGGAGCAGCCCACUGUUGAAUGGACACACACAUAACGGUCACUGUGCAAAAACAAGAAAAACCCUUCCACCUGAGGAAUAUGAAAUCACCACUGUGACCAUUUCCAAGGCCAAGCAGUCCCUAGGUAUUAGUAUCUCUGGAGGUAUGGAGUCUAAGGUUCAGCCCAUGGUGAAGAUUGAAAAGAUCUUCCCUGGAGGAGCCGCCUCGACAAAUGAGGUUCUACAGGCAGGGUAUGAGCUGUUGUCCGUGGACGGCGAGUCUCUGCAGGGAGUGACUCAUCAGCAUGCGGUGGACGUAAUUCGCCGGUCGUUCAGCAACAAGGCCAAAGACCCGAUGGUGUUCGUGGUCAAGGUCCCCAAGGUCCCAACUGCCCCCACAAGCCCCAGGGGAGCCCGCUGACUAACCUCCCCUGCCCGCCUCACACCCACGCCGCGCCCGGGCGUGAAGGACAGCUGGGAACAAGACUGAUCACUGUCUCCCUAAAACCUUUUAUUCCUGGGAGAGCAUGGGCAUUGCAAACAGGAGGUGCUGGAAGGCCGUGCUCCAGUGAUAGUGGAGAGGAAUGGACGCUCUCUCCUUAAUGCGCAGCGGGAUCAGUUCUAUAAAUGAUAGAGGUUGCAACGGGAAGUGCCAGGAAAUAUGUCAAAAAGAAAGGUAAACAAUGACGGUGCAGUUGUGCAAGUUGAUCAAAAAUUGUUAUAAAUUACUUUUGCUACGAUGAAAUGAGACACAGUGUUGUUGAGGUAUCGAUAUCGAUAUUGUGUAACUUUUGUAAUAUUCGUUUUUAGCAAAGCUUUUAAAAUGACAGAAAGAACAAAGACCAAAGGCAUACGUAGUAAAUUAAGCGGACAAAGCGUAUGUUAUUUUCUAAAGAACCGCUCAUGAAAGCAAUGAUGUGAGUCCCCUUGUCUGGAUUUUAUUGUGCCACAGUUUGACACGUGGCAACCUCUCAGUAACCCCUGAGCACUGUCGAGAAUCAUGGAGCCAGUGGUCUGCACUUCUUAGCUGGAGCAUCUCAGUCCACCAGCUCUGCAGGGCUGCCAGAGGGGGAUUACUCCAGCCUGCGUUAUGAGAUUUAUAGAUUUAUACCCAGAUUAAACCCCUGUAUUAUGUCAAAACUGAUAGUUUGGGUUUAGUGGAUGUCUGGGGGGAUUAUUACAAAUUGCUGCUCAGUAUUUUUGUGCUGUAUUUUUCUGGCAGAAGUGCUUGUGCUCUGGAGCAAUCCGCCACUUUAGAGGCUUAAUUACACCAUGCUGUGGACUGAGCUUAUGCAGACAUGUGGAGGAGCUGGAAAAACAUGUCAAUGAGAAAUGCAGGACAUGGAGGCCAGUGGCACAGUUUAAACCAGAGUAGGGCAGAGGAGAUACAGACAUCGAGGUGACUGGAAUAUCGUGCCUUACAUUCUCAAAAGGGUGAACGUUGAAAAAGAUGUUGCUCCAGAUUGGCUUCAACAAACGCAUGUAAAAGGUCAAAGGAAUAUGUUUCACUUCCCACUGUAAUUUCAUGUAAUCAUGUCUAAUACUGAUGAAGUAAAGUGGAUCCAUGCCCUCAUGCCUAUCACAACUCAAAUGCACUCUAGAUGUUUGAACUGAUCACAAUAAAUGCUCACCCCGUCUACUUUUCCUCA